AUGACUAGAACCUCCGUUUUGGCUGACGCCUUGAACGCUAUCAACAACGCCGAGAAGACCGGUAAGCGUCAGGUCUUGAUCAGACCUUCCUCCAAGGUUAUCAUCAAGUUCUUGCAGGUUAUGCAGAAGCACGGUUACAUUGGUGAGUUCGAGUACAUCGACGACCACAGAUCCGGUAAGAUCGUUGUCCAGUUGACCGGUAGAUUGAACAAGUGUGGUGUCAUCUCCCCAAGAUUCAACGUCAAGAUUGGUGACAUUGAGAGAUGGACUGACAACUUGUUGCCAGCCAGACAGUUCGGUUACGUCAUCUUGACCACCUCUGCUGGUAUCAUGGACCACGAGGAGGCCAGAAGAAAGCACGUUUCCGGUAAGAUCUUGGGUUUCGUGUACUAA